AUGAAAGUUAUUGAUGCGCAUUAAUGUGUAAAUGUAAUGUGUAAAGCAAAUAAAUUUACAGAGCAAACAUUUAAACAUUUACCCUAUACAUGUACUUUCUUCUGCAUUAUUAUCGUAUAUGCUCACGAAUUAUAAUAACCGGCAGAUAUAUUAAAAGCCUUCAACAACUGUUUACACAUUUACAGAGAUAACGCCGUAAGUUACAAAGUAGUGCACACUUAUCUUUAACGCGCAUACAAUAUGUUUAUGACCAGAUUAUGCGUCGACCGUGAUUUCAGUAAAUCUCGCAUAUGAAAUCGAGUUAGAAUUUCAAUUUCUCCACGAUGCCAUGUUUUCCGUUUUCCGAAAGUGCCUUAUUCCACCGUAAAGUUGCUUCAUGAAAUCGUCGGGUAGCGUAGCCUUUCUAACGCUGCUCGACCGUGAACUCGUACGACUCGGUCGAGUGCUCCUGUUUAAUAGAAAACGGAGACGAGAAAGCCUCACAAAACGCAGUACCGAGCUGCACUGAGCAGCGAAUACUGGCUGUACUAUUAAACCACAGCGUAACGUUUGUUAUAUUAUUAUAUGGCAGGGACAAAUCUCAUCAAUGACUACAUUGCAGGAGCAAUUGGAGGGUGUGCUGGAAUGGCAGUGGGCCAUCCAUUGGACACCAUCAAGGUACAGAUGCAAACACAGGACUGUUACAAAGGCAUUCAAGAUUGUGUGGUCAGUGUGUCACACCAAAAAUUAAGCAAGGGCUUCUUCCGUGGCAUGUCUUGGCCAUUGGCAUCCUUUGCUUUUGUGAAUUCAGCUUACUUUGGAGCAUAUGGACAUGUACUUUCAUGGUUUGAACAUCAUCAGCGAACUCAAGAAAGUCCUCAUCGCUUGCAGGUCUUUACAGCUGGUCUUGUUGCAACAUUUCCAACAGGCUUCAUUGCUUGUCCCAUUGACGUCAUCAAGGUCACACUGCAGGCACAGAUCCAACACGACCCUCACCUUCCUCCAAGCAGAGAUUCAAGGUUCUACAGUGGGCCACUCGAGCAACACGGACAAUCUUUAAACAAAAUGGCAUUCGAGGACUUUACAGAGGUUUCUGGACACAGCUUGCAAGGGACUGCCCAGCAAAUGCCAUCUAUAUGAUUCUAUGAGAUUGUGGGCCACGAGUCUCGUGUGUAUCUACAUCAGAUUCCUAGCACAGCUGUUAACUUUGUCUGUGGUGGAGUUGCUGGUGUUGUAAGUUGGAUGGCCAUAAUGCCAAUUGAUUUUGUGAAGAGUCGCAUACAGGCAGAUCCAGAACGCACUAUGUACCAGGGAUUCUGGGACUGUGCCAGACAGGCAUAUGCUGAGGGUGGUAUGAAGAUUUUUUUCCGUGGAGCAUUAGCAGUUUGCUUACGAGCUUUUCCUGUAAAUGCAGUGACACUAAUGGUAUACACAGAAAUUCUACAGUAUUUGAAUAAGAUUAAUUAGUGAAUGUUGCUCAAAUGUGCUUUGCAAAUUUAUGUGCUUUUCCUGAUGCAGUAGAGCAUCCUUUGCAUUCACAUAGCACAGCCAUAUCAUGAGAAAUGAUGAAAAGAAGCAUUUAUCAUUCCCAGCCUUCCCCAUUUUGGGGUUUUGGUAGGGCCACUUACCUCAUGCACAAUCAGAACUUUAGGAAACUGUUUUUUUUUCUUCUCUUAUUUGUGACUUCUGUUAAACAUAUAAACUUGCCAUCUAUUUUUAAUGUGAUUUUGUCAACAUUUGUAUUCCAACUACAUCUUUAUACACCAUUAUAUAGAAAUUUAAAACUUCUUAAUAAAAAGAUAUUGUCUACUUAAUUCUUUCACAGUGCUUCUUUUAAGUCCAUUGAGCUUGAUGUUCUUGACAUUACAUGAAAUGUACAUUAUUGUUAGUAGUAUGUAUUCACCAUUUAAACAAAUUUAGUGCCUUGAAGUACAUUUCAGAGCCUGCAAAAACAUCUGCGCACAAUGCAUUUGCAAUUAUGCAUUGGCAGUCCCCAAAACUAAGGCAUCUGUCAUAGUUUUGACUAAUUUCAAAUUGACCUGACCACAUUAUUGCCAAAUGUAGAAAACAUUGGAUCUGUGCACCAAGCUACGUAUUUUUAACUAUUUUUUUCAGAUUUUAGCAUAGGUUUUAACAUGAUAGGCUUGGCUAACCUUGUCUCUGGCAUCCAGAGUGUUGGCUAUGAAUGAACAUUACACAAACUCUACUUCAAUUAUUUGUGUAAAUUCUUGCCCAGCAAGUGCCAAGAUUUUAUCAUUCCAUCAACACUUAAAAAUGGACAGAUGGGUUACCCUCACCCUAGCAUAUCAAAGUUUUCAUGAAAUAAUUUUUAUUCCAUUUAAUUUAUAAUUACUUUCUAGAAAAUUAUACAAAAACUUUUCUCUAAACUGUUCAUUGUAUACACUAUUUUGUGUACCGACUGCAUUUUAUGGUACUUGUUAUACUGUAUUAUUUUUUUGCUUGUUAAUCUUUUCUAAUGGCCUUUACGCUUUCACUGGCCCUGCAAUAAAAAACUGCACUGGC